GAGGCAAGAUGUUUAGAAAACUAAAAUCAGUAUUUUCUAGACCAAAAUUAGCACCUGAGAUAGUAGAUCACAAGAACGAAGCUGCCCCUCCACCACCAAAGGCAUCAACAGGCCAGGAUGAAAAUAAAACAACAAAUGAACCACAAAAAGCAGAGUCCAGUAAUAAAGUAGAGCCUGUACCGAAGCAACAAGAUACAGAAUCAGCAAAAGCACCUGAGCCUUCAAAACCAGAAAAUUCAACUGAACCAGCUAAGACAAAUCAACAGGAAGAGCAUGAACUAAAAGAUGGGAAAGAUACUAAUGCAACACGUCCGGGUACCCAAACAAAUGAGUACACUGAGGCUCAGCUUCAGGAGAUUGUCAAAAAACUUCGUGAAAGGGCAAACGUGUAUAAGGAAAAGCUGAAUGAUCCAGUGAUAUCUUCACCUGAAGCAAGUCCUCCAGUUUGUAAGUACCUCUCACCAAAAAAGGCGCCACCCCCAAAAGAAGAAAAAAAAGAUGAAAAAAAAGAAGAAAAAAAAGACGAAAAGAAAGAGGAGGCAGAAGCAAAGCCAGAGGAGGAUCAUUACUGUGAUAUGCUGUGCUGUAAAUUCAAAAAACCUCCACUGAAAAAAUACAUGGACUAUAUGAAGCUACCAGAUACCAUUGACUCAUACACAGAUCGGCGUUACGUGGCAUGGCUCAUGCUUGUGACAAUCGCCUACAACUGGAACUGCUGGUUCAUUCCCCUGCGCUAUGUGUUCCCAUACCAAACCCCCAGUAACGCAAUAUAUUGGUUUAUCAUUGAUGCCGUGUGUGAUAUCUGCUACCUGUGCGACUUAAUCGUCUUCCAGCCCCGAGUGCGGUUUAUCCAAGGGGGAGAUAUCAUAGUAAACAGAGUGGAAACGAAGAAAUUCUACCGCAACUCUAUGAAGUUUCGGCUUGAUGUGUUAUCAGUGUUUCCAUUUGACCUUUUAUCCUUCUUCUUUGGAUUUAAUCCAGCACUUCGAGCAAACAGGAUGCUAAAGCAUAACACAUUCUUUGAGUUUAAUGAUCGUUUGGAAGCUAUUAUGGAAAAAGCAUACAUCUACAGGGUAAUUCGAACAACUGGAUACUUGUUGUUUAUCUUGCACAUUAAUGCAUGCCUGUAUUAUUGGGCUUCAGACUAUGAAGGAAUUGGCAGCACUAGAUGGGUGUAUGAUGGCGAAGGAAACAUGUACCUGAGGUGUUACUACUGGGCAGUUCGUAGUUUAAUCACCAUCGGUGGCCUUCCAGAACCACAAACACUGUUUGAGAUAAUUUUUCAACUGCUGAAUUAUUUCAUGGGUGUCUUUGUCUUCUCCAGCUUAAUUGGUCAGAUGAGAGAUGUAAUAGGAGCAGCAACAGCAGGGCAGAACUACUAUCGCUCCUGUGUGGACAACACUGUCUCCUAUAUGAACACUUAUUCCAUUCCAAGACUGGUGCAAAACCGUGUUCGAACUUGGUAUGAAUACACGUGGGACUCUCAAGGAAUGCUGGAUGAAUCAGAAUUACUGGAGCAGAUGCCAACCAAAAUGCAAUUAGCUGUUGCAAUCGAUGUGAACUUUGCCAUUGUCAACAAAGUGGAGUUAUUCAAAGGCUGUGAUACCCAGAUGAUAUAUGACAUGCUGAUAAGGUUGAAAUCCAUUGUAUAUUUACCUGGUGACUUUGUCUGCAAAAAGGGAGAGAUUGGCAGAGAGAUGUACAUCAUCAAACAGGGUGAAGUUCAAGUCCUUGGAGGCCCUGAUGGUACCAAAGUCCUGGUUACACUCAGAGCAGGAGCUGUGUUUGGGGAGAUCAGCCUACUAGCUGCUGGUGGAGGAAAUCGAAGAACUGCCAAUGUGGUGGCUCAUGGCUUUGCCAACCUUUUCAUUCUGGACAAGAAAACACUAAAUGAAAUCUUGGUGAACUAUCCUGACUCAGAAAAACUUCUCAUGAAGAAAGCAAAAGUGCUGCUGAAGCAGAAGGGGAAACCUCCUCCAGGACCACCAGUGCAACAACCACGGGGCUUGGCCAGUCUCUUUGGGCAGAAACAGGAAACUCCGAAGUUGUUUAAAGCAAUGCUUGGAGGAAAAGGAAGAGAAGGCCUUGCUAGGCUGCUGCAGCUGAAGAAACAACAAGACACUCAGGAAGCUCAAGCCGCAAAAGAGACCAAGCCUAAAGAAGAGGAGAAGAAACCAGCAGAGCCCGCAGCUCCCCCUGCACCCCCUGCUCAAACGGAAGAGCCAAAGGCAGAUGCUAAGCCUGCAGUUAUGCAGAGAACAACCAGUAAGGAGUCUCUGAUCAUUAGUAUGACACCAUCUCCCAGAGCAGGAGAAGGAGAGAUCCUUAAAGUUGAAAUUAAAGAGAAAGAAAAGAAAUAG